AUGCCUUUCACCUCUCCCAGUUUGUCCUCGUGCUUCUCCUUCAACCUCAAUACCACACAAACACCCACAAUUGCAAAACCCCUAAAUUCGACCCUAAAAUCGGCGAUCCCCUCAGUCUCAUGCAGCAAUUCGACAAAAUCAAGGAAAAACCCCCCUGAUUUGUUGGGCAACGGUGGACAUUGUUCGUGUUGUCCGAGAAGACACCUCUUUGGGUCGAUGUUGGGAACCGGUUUGUUUCCUGUUUUGCCCUCGUUUGCCUCCGGUGAUGAGAAAAGCCCACCAAAGGAUAUGGUAACAUUGAGUAAAAUUCGUCCCCCGAGGCCUGAUUGGUACGAGGAGUUCUAUGCAUUAGCUAUGGACAAAUUAACAAAACCUUAUGAAGCAGAGAUUGCAGCUUACAAGUCGCAGCUUUUUGCUAAAUUGAAAGGGAAGCCAGACAAUAUUUUGGAGAUUGGUGUCGGCACUGGUCCAAACCUUAAAUACUACGCGGAUUAUCCAGGUGUCAAUGUUUUUGGAGUUGAUCCGAAUAGAAAGAUGGAAAAAUAUGCGCAGGCAGCUGUGGAAAAUGCAGGACUAAUGCUUUCAAAUUUUAAGUUUAUUCAAGGUGUAGCGGAGGCUUUGCCCGUAGACGAUGCUUCAGUUGAUGUUGUUGUUGGAACACUCGUCCUUUGUUCUGUAAAUGAUGUUGACCAGGCAUUGCAAGAAAUUAGGAGGGUGCUUAAGCCUGGUGGGAUUUACAUCUUUGUGGAGCAUGUGGGAGCAAAAGAUGGAACAAUUCUUAAAUUCAUGCAGCGAAUUCUCGACCCGUUGCAGCAGACAUUGGCUGAUGGCUGUCAUCUCACAAGAAACACAGAUGACUAUAUUUCCAGAACAGACAAGUUGGACAUAAAUGACCAAAAAGUGCAAGGAAUAUUGGAAAAAAUUGUCGGGAAUAGGUACGUCGACAUCAAUUGA